GCAGCCGCAGACGGAACCGUAGAGUAAGAACCCGGAAGUUAUCCAGUAGCUGGAAUGAGGCUUUAGCCAGACCAACAUGAAGAUAAAUGAAAACACUUUACUGGAGGGAAACAGAGUCUUACUGGUUCCAUAUAAUGAAGAGCAUGUUCCCAGAUAUCACGAGUGGAUGAAGUCUCCGGAGCUGCAGCAGCUGACGGCCUCAGAGCCGCUGAGCCUGCAGCAGGAGUACGACAUGCAGAGGAGCUGGAGGGAGGAUGGCGACAAGUGCACCUUCAUCGUGUUGGAUAAGGAGCGCUGGGCGGACCCCGGUGUGGAGGAGGCGCAGUGCAUGGUGGGAGACGUCAACAUCUUCCUGACCGACCCCACGGAUCCGUCCGUAGCUGAGCUGGAGGUCAUGAUAGCAGAGCCGAGUUACAGAGGAAGAGGCAUUGGGAAGGAGGUGACUCGCAUGAUGAUGAUCUACGGAAUCAACAAACUAGGAGUCAGAAAGUUUCAAGCAAAAAUUGGUCUGGACAACCAGGCCAGCAUCUCCAUGUUCAGGAAGCUGCAGUUCCAGGAGGUGUCUGUGUGUAGCGUGUUCAGAGAGGUGACCCUGGAGCUGACGGUGGACGAGUCGCUUCGGAUCCGCCUGCAGGGGGAGCUGGCUGAUAUGAAGGAGAGGGACUACAAAGAAACAUGCAGCAACAGACGAGCGCCGGUGCUGCAGUGAGGCGACCGACAUCAGAAGUCCGAGUCUGACGGAAGGACGGAAGCUCUUUAAACUCGAUGGAUGGAGGAAAACAAACUGGACGAACAGAAGGAUGGAGAGACAC